UCGCCUCCGCGCUUCCAAGAUGACCGAGAAAAGAAGGAACAACAGUCGUGCCAAAAAGGGCUGCAGCCACGUGCAGCCUAUUCACUGCACCAACUGUGCCCAAUGUGUGCCCAAGGAUAAGGCCAUUAAGAAGUUCGUCAUUCGGAACAUCAUAGAGGCCGCAGCCAUCAGGGACAUUUCUGAAGCGAGUGUUUUCGACACCUAUGUGCUUCCCAAGCUGUGUGUGAAACUACAUUACUGCGUGAGUUGUGCCAUUCACAGCAAGGUAGUCAGGAAUCGCUCUUGGGAAGCCCGGAAGGACUGAACACCUCUACCCCCAUUUAGACCUGCGGGUGCUGCCCCAUGUCCUCCACCAAAGCCCAUGUAAGGAUCCAAGUCCUUAAAGACUGAAGAAAUAUUGGUUUCUCUGAAAAGACAAUAAAAUGGAAAUUAUAUUUAAAAAAAAAAAACAAAA